AUGGGCCCCUGUACCGCCUCCUCAUGCUGCUGCCAGGCCCGUAAUCUGCCAUGGGCCCCCCGUACCGACUCCUCAUGCUGCUGCCAGGCCCGUAAUCUGUCAUGGGCCCCUGUACCCCUGUACCGCCUCCUCAUGCUGCUGCCAGGUCCAGAGUGUGUCAUGGGUCCCUGUACGGCCUCCCAUUGCUGCUGUCUCCAUCGCCACACUCUGCCAUGUGGCCACUUUCAGGUCUCCUCACACUGCUGGUGGGUUCCAUUUUGUCAUAGGGUGCUGUAUGGCCUCCCAUUGCUGCUGCCUCCACCGCCACACUGUAGCUCCACACUCUGGUUUUGGCCCCGUGACUGCCCAAAUGAGUGAAGUGUGCGGUGAUUCUAAGAUCGACGGCACUCAUCUGCAUGUCAUACUGACUGACAGUAUUAUUUCUGUUCCCCAGCAGACUCCAAGGGCAUUUAAAUUAAAGGUACAGUGUUCUGCACUAAUAUAA